ACUGGCGGGACUUGUCCGCAUGCACAGAAAAAGAGGGGACUUCACAUAGUAGCUGGUGUGAGUCUUGUUUACAGAGUUUGAAAUUUGUUUGUACGUGGCACCGUUGAUAAAAUCGUGACAAUAUGAUGGCUACAAGCGGAAAGAAAACUUGUGGACUGACUGACGAUGAGUCAUCGGUGUCCUCAAACGGCGGCAGCAACGGCGCUUUUGCCAGCAACUCACACUCAGCUGCGGUGAACGGAGCUGCACCGGAAGCUUCAGCCCGCUCCAAACUGCAGAAUGGAGGAGCUGGGACGGUGGAGAGGUUUACCUUCAGCUCCGAGCCCACUAUGGAGGAUAUCCGGAGGUUGCAAGCGGAGUUCACGGACGAGCGGGACUGGAACCAGUUCCACCAGCCCCGCAACCUGCUGCUAGCCAUGGUCGGGGAGGUGGGCGAGGUGUCGGAGCUCUUCCAGUGGCGGGGGGAGGUGGCCGAGGGCCUGCCGGACUGGACCGAGUCCGAGCGGGAGCAGCUCGCCCAGGAACUCAGCGACGUGUUGAUUUACUUGGUGGAACUCGCCGAGAAGUGUCGUGUCGACCUUCCCCAAGCGGUGCUCCGCAAAAUGGCCCUAAACAGACUGAAAUAUCCCGCCAGCAAGGUGCACGGGUCGGCCAAGAAGUACACAGAAUAUAAGGACUAAGUUUUGUGUUCAGCGACAGAUGUCAAUCAGGGGACGCUGGUGGCAAUGAUGGCUAGAGCUGCUACUAUCUUCACUGAAAACAUGCUGCAGCCAAACUAUAUAUACUACUGCUGAACUUUUUAUCCCAUGGUUCCAAUGUUUAUUUUCCUGGGUUACAUAUGCUCUUAACUUUUAUGUGUCUUUGUCAGCCUAGUUGCUUCAAGUCAGUUCAGUAAGUAAGGCAAUUGAGGAAUCUUUUGGCUUUAUAGCGGUUAACUUUUAAAUCCAGCUUUUAGCUUUAGUAGAUCAUUGAUCUUCUGAACCUUUUUAAGAAGUUACGUAGCAGCAAAUUAGCGCUUUUGGUUCCAAUAUAGAAGAGGAGUGUGACAGUGGAUUGGGAAGUUGUUUUUAUUGAUGUAGAUGAAUGUUCUCCUGACCAUCACCGACAUGGAAAAAAUGUGGAAGAGGCAAAGGAAUACUUGUGAAUUGUUUUUAUUUUAGUAUAUUUUUGAUGUAUCCUAAUAUCCCAUCAUGUCUGGUUUGGAUCAACUCCUCUUCAGUUUUGUUCAUAUAACAGUUACACAUUUUACCAAAGUAAAAGCUUCUCAAAUUCUG